CUUUCCAGGGCACUAUGAUGAAGUACCCUAAAAUUAGCCUUCUUACUACUUUGUUAAGACUGCACGCAGGGAGGCAGGCAGCCCACAGUGAAGAGAGCAAAGAGGCACCGGAGAGGAAAAACCUGCGAUACUCUCACAAGCAAGCAGGUCACACCACUGGACGCAUGCAAGACAAUACUUCAGAACCUUCUACUUCAAUAACUCAGCUACUGCGAGAGAGCUAUUUAGCUGAAAACAGCCACCAAGGGAAUAGUGAAAGGAGUAGAUCAGAACCAUCUCCACAUUCUUUGCAUUGUGGCACCUCCCCUGAGACUUCCGAUGAGGUGGCGGGACAAGAUGAACUUCCUGAUCUUUCUGCCUUUUUAAGCAAGGAAGAGUUGGAUGAGAGUGUGAACCUGGCCAGACAGGCUAUUAAUCAAGAGCCACUGGAGAAAAAAACAGACGAACAAGAAAUCCAUGUAUUUUUUCCAUCUGAGUUGAAAAACUCUGGAAAUACUGUUUCAAGCAAACCACAGCCUACGGGAUCACCAGCUUCGAACAACAGCCUAAAAAAACAGCCCUUGGGUUCGGAGGCAGAGUCGAAAAAGGAAUUCCUCAACAAGGCUGCUGAUUUCAUUGAGGAGCUUUCUUCUCUUUUCAAAGCACAUAAUUCCAAAAGAAUCAGACCCAGGACAUGCAAAAACUACAAGAGCAAACUUGAAUCUAAAAAUAAGGUGGCCCAAGACAGUAAUGCUGCUUUCUCAAAUCUGUCCGAAAACAGAGAAAGGCUUUGCGUUCCAGUACCUCAAGAUGUAGAUAAAGCUGUGCACUCCCCUGAAAACCCAGAUAACUCUCAGCAGGCAGACUUGGAAGAUGUCAGUCCAAUAGAAAGUUCAGGGUUAACAACAGAGUCAUCCACCGCAUCUUUUUAUUCUGAGGAGCCUAUAGGCCAGCCACCACGUUUUACUCAAAAACUGAAGAGCAGGGAGGUCCCUGAAGGAACCAAAGUCCAGUUGGACUGCAUUGUAGUAGGAAUUCCAACACCUGAAAUCAGAUGGUACUGUGAAGGAAAAGAGCUUGAAAACUCACCAGAUAUUCAGAUCAUCCAGUCAGGACAACAGCACUCACUGAUCAUUGUUGAGGCUUUUGAAGAAGACACAGGGCGUUACUCCUGCUUUGCAUCCAACAUCUAUGGGACAGACUCCACCUCUGCAGAGAUUUAUGUAGAAGGAGCAUCAUCUUCUGAAUCAGAGAGCGAGACCAUCAAAGAAGAGAUGGAUCAAAAUCAGAACCGCUUAAAGGCCUCUUCAAAUGUGCCACCGCCUCCAGUUAAUACCACAGUUACUCACCAAGAAGAACCCAAGCCACAACCUGCAAUGAUACAUCCUGUGUCAAUACCUGUCCUUCAUAGUCAAAGUCCCACUAAUUAUUUACAAGGAUUGGAUGGAAGGCCCAUAAUAGCUGCUCCGGUGUUCACCAAGACGCUACAGAACAUAUCUGCCUCUGAAGGUCAGCUGGUUGUGUUCGAAUGCCGAGUUAAAGGAGCACCAUCUCCAAAGGUUGAGUGGUAUAGAGAAGGGACAUUAAUAGAAGACUCUCCGGACUUCAGAAUAUUACAGAAAAAGCCUCGCUCUAUGUCUGAACCAGAGGAGAUUUGUACAUUGGUCAUUGCUGAAGUAUUUUCAGAGGAUUCUGGGAGUUUUACAUGUACUGCAAGCAACAAGUAUGGGACCGUUUCUAAUUCAGCUUAUCUAAUGGUAAAAGGACCGGAGGACCAGAACAUUAAUGCUGCUCUUCAUAAUGUGAGUUCAAUCAAUUUAGUUGCCAUGGAGCAACCGCCUUCUGCACCGGUACCCUCACUCCCACUGAUGGAUCAGCCAUCCAAACCUAAACUGGAAGGAGUUCUUGUCAACCACAAUGAGCCCCGGUCAAGUUCAAAAAUAGGCCUUCAUGUGCACUUUAAGCUGCCAGAAGAUGAUAAAGGAAGUGAAACGUCGUCAGAAGAUGGAGGAAGGCCUGCAAAUCAAAACCGACCAAGCAGUUUUCCAGAUAAGAUCAAUGGACAGAUAUUUAGGCCUCAAGAGCCGUUGUCACCUUCAAAGGAACCACCUCCAGUUCUGGCUAAACCAAAAUUGGAUCCAACCCAAUUAAAACAACUGCACAACCAGGUCUUGCUUGAACAGCAGCAGGUUCAGCAGGCAUCCCCCCCACCCCCACGAGAGCUGUCAUUCAACUUUGCACCAUCGAAUGCAUCUACUUCACCCAGCCAGCAGCAGCAACCACCUUCGUCGGCUACUUAUAAGCAGAACAAAAAUCCUCCAACUCAGACAUUCACUUAUACCCGGCCUAAGCAGUUCCUGGCAUCUCAGAACAUCUCACCAGUGGUCAGCUCCCCCUCUAGCUCCCCCAUGCCUCCAUACAGUAAUGUAACUCAAGGAAGCCAGAGGACAACGAACAAGGAAAACGUCUUAGGGUCCCCUCCAGCAGCCCAGACAAGGUCUGCAGGAGGACUGACAAACCAAACUGAGCCAUCACUUGCAAGUCCCAAAGAUCCUGUCCUGCCACCGUUGUUGCUUUCUGUAUCCAGUAUGAAUGAGUUCCAUCCCCAAAAUGUGCCUCCUACUCCUCUGUCUCCAACGGGUCGGAUUCAGAAUCCAGUAGCCUUCCUCAGUGCUGUCCUUCCUUCGCUUCCUUCUACACCUGCAACAAAUGCCAUGGGUCUGCCUAAAAGUGCGCCAGCUCC